CAGUUGGUUGGAUUAAAAAAAAAAAAGAAUUUUUUGGAAAGUCUGUUAGUGGGAAAGUUUGGUGGCGUGUGGGAGGAUAAAGAGGCGAGACGCCCCUCAGAGUCCUUCAGUGCCCUGGGGUAACCCUUUCAUACAGGUAAGCCAGAAGUUGACGAGACGGGCAAUAAUGGCUGACCCACAAAAGCAGCUGCUUUAUCUGUUCGAGCGGCCGUUCGACCCGGUGAACAUGCCGCGAGGAGACAGCUCGGUUUUCUAUAAACUUUCCGGAACUGACACAGUAAGCACCAGGGCCGGCACGAGCCCCGGGAACACCGUGACGGUCCGCUCACGUCCAGAGAUCAACAAGAACAGUCUGGGACUGGCAACCUCCGUGCCUCGAGGGGUGGUCUUCUGUUACUUCCUCAAGUCACACCGCCAGGCCGCCAGGUGUCUCUGUGAUAUCUUCAUGAGAGCUCGAACUUCCACCGACCUGAUGGAGUUGGCACUCAAUGUGAGGGACCAAGUCAACGAGUCCCUCUUUAUUUACGCGCUCUCCUUCACCAUUCUUCGGAAGCAGGAAUUGCGAAGUGUUCGUCUGCCGCCAAUCGUGGAAGUCUUUCCCCAGAAGUUCAUUCCAACAGAAGAUCUGACAAAGAUGCAGGUUGAGAUGAACAGGACUCCCGCUAGCCAGACAACACCGAUGGUGAUUGAAUACGGAGCAGACUUUGCCAACACCACCCUGAAGCCAGAGCACCGAGUGUCAUACUGGAGGGAGGACUACGGCAUCAACUCCCACCACUGGCACUGGCAUCUUGUUUACCCCAUUGACAUGAAUGUUAACCGGGACCGUAAAGGAGAACUUUUCUAUUAUAUGCAUCAGCAGAUGAUAGCCAGGUACGACAUGGAGCGGCUCAGCGUUAACCUCAAACGUGUGGAGAAGCUGGAGAACUGGCGGGAGCCCAUCCCAGAUGGUUACUUCUCCAAGCUUACUGUUAACAACUCCGGUCGGCCCUGGGGCACCCGCCAGGAUAAUACCCUACUCAAGGAUUUGAGACGUAAUGAGUUCGGGCUGGAUGUUACAGACAUUAGUGAUAUGGAGCUCUGGCGGUCCCGACUGAUGGACGCCAUCCACCAAGGAUAUAUGCUAAAUCGGAAUGGUGAGCGCAUCCCACUCUCUGAUAACGUCACGACAGGAAAGCGAGGGAUUGACAUCUUAGCAGACGCAUUUGAGGCAGAUGGUCAGCUGAGCCCAAAUUUCCUCUUCUAUGGCGACCUUCACAACAUAGGCCACCUGAUGCUGGCAUUCUGCCAUGACAGCGACAACGCACAUAGGGAAGAGAUGGGAGUGGUGGGAGACAAUACGACUGCCAUGAGAGACCCAGUCUUCUACCGCUGGCACAAGUUUGUGGACGACGUCUUCCAGGAGUACAAGCUGACGCAGCCGCCCUACACCAUGGAGGACCUGACUCUGCCGGGCGUGGUGCUUGACAAGGUGGGUGUUGUGAGGGACAACCAGCUCAACACUCUCACAACUGGCUGGAACGUGCGGGAGUUUGAGGCUUCCAGAGGGUUGGACUUCAACUCUACCAACCCCGUAAUGCUGCGCAUCACCCAUCUCGACCAUGCUCCCUUCGAUUAUCAUCUCCAGAUAACAAACAACACAGGAAAGUCCAAGUCAGUGACAGUGAGGAUCUUCAUGGCUCCUAAACACAACGAGCGUGGCCUGGAGAUGGGCUUCAUGGAGCAGCGGCUCCUCUGGGCUGAGAUGGACAAGUUCACUGAGAUUUUGAAGCCUGGGAAGAACCAGAUUGUGCGUCCUUCCAGCGAAUCUUCCAUCACCACCUCCAGCGAGUUCACCUUCAGGAGCCUGGAGGCUGUCAACCCCGCUAUGCCAGGAGCACCACAAAAUACUGAAGCCAACUUCUGUGGGUGUGGGUGGCCUGACCACCUGCUGCUGCCCCGAAGUAAACCAGAGGGCAUGACUUACCAGCUCUUCUUCAUGCUCACCGACCUGGACAAGGAUAAGGUGGAUCAGCCAGCAGUACGCAGAUGUGCCGACGCUGUGUCCUUCUGCGGGAUCCUGGACGCCAAGUUCCCUGACAAACGUCCUAUGGGCUUCCCCUUCGACCGCCGCCCUCCGCCUAGCCUGCAAGAUGCUGAGGUCACCUCCGCUGCUGACUACGCUAGACUGGGCAACAUAACUAUUCAAGAUAUUACCAUCACUUUCCUCAACAACAACCUUCAGAAGUCGAACAAUUAAGAAAAGUAUGUGCUAAGCCACUAGGUUAUAUAGAGCUGUUUGUGUUGUCCAGAAUAUUAAAGAAUUUCUAGCUAUCGUUCAGGAUGGUCGUAAGAUGAUCCAUGUCAAAAGGGGUCAGAUUCAUAUAUCAAUUACCUUGAUAUAUGUAGCGUAAUAGAACAGUGGGUGGAAACAAACAAUUUACAAAUCAGGACAUGCAAUUAGGAGAAAAGAGGAAGACUGCAAUUGACAAUAAGGUUCAGUGGGGCCGGAUUCACGAAAGCACUUAUGCAAAUACUUACGAACGUGUACAUCUUUCCUCAAUCUUUGACGGCUUUGGUUACAUUUAUUAAACAGUUUACAUGCAUGAAAACUUCCCAAUCAACUGUUGUUAUUGUUAAAAACAGCCUCCUUUUGCUUCGGAGCUCAUUAACUGUUUAAUAAUUGGAAACAAAGCCGCCAAAGAUUGAGAAAAGAUGUACAGGUUCGUAAGUGCUUGUGUAAGUACUUUCGUGAAUCUGGCCCCAGGUCUCUUACAUUGUAACACCAGCGUCUUAACCUUGUAGUUGAUACCUUACCUUGUAGUUGAUACCUAACCUUGCCAUUAACGUUCCCAACUUUAUAGUUUUUAAUCUUUCUCGGUGAUAGGAAGCCGAAGCGAAUAUGUCUGACGGUAGUAGUAGUAGUAGUAGUAUUAGGCUUCUAUCAAUCACAGGAGACUAUGGAGUUACGCUCUGGUUGUCCAUCCCUUUGACGCAAUUUGUUAUUUGUAAUAGCUGAGCUAUCUUUGUAACGAAUGACAAUCGGACUCUGAAUAACAUAGUGGAUAUGAUAGUGGUAUUUACUCACUGCCAAUAUUGUCUUAAACAAAUCAAGAUGAAGAAUACAAAAUAAUAAAUUUCAGGGCCAUUCGAAUAAUUAUUCGUCUCAAUAUGAAACCAGUUAAUUAUUUUUUGGUAUAUAUGAAAAUACUGAUACAUGGGGGCGGGGCUUUUUAAUAUACCUUGUGAUGAUUUCGGGGCUCAGCGUCCCCGCGGCCCAGGCCUCCUAAAUAAACAUAGUAAUUUAUUUUAUGUGAAUGAAUACAUGCAGUGAUAUGUUUUAUAAAGAUAUAAACAUUUGAUUAUAUACUUGACUAGAAGGAUUACCAGGCUUUGCCCAGGUCUGUCUGCCUGCCUUCCAUCCAUUUCAUCUAUCUAUCAAUCUAUCCUCUUCCUCCUUCCCUUUAUCUCAGAAAAUACAUUAAGAAGUACUGAAACAACUUUAUAGGUCUAAUAAAUUAUAUUAUUAUGGCAUUUAUUCAUAUGCUAAAUUUCAAACCUGACUAUAAAAAUGCCUUAGGGGUGUUUUAAUUGUUAAUAUUUACUAAAGCAUUUACCUUAGGCCUACUCCGACCAGCCUAUGUCCGUUCCGUACCCAAGACCAGUCACCCUGAUAAUUUGGAUGAGGCUAACCUCAAGCGUUUGGCCUCCACCUUUGGACAAAUAUAUGUUCUUUCUUGUACUAAAGAUUUUCUGUAUCUGAUCCUGCAUUUGAUAAUGUAUUUUUAUCUGUAUUUGUUAUUGCAUUUUAGUAUGCUAUACGAGAUAUUAUUUUUACAUCCAUGUCUGUCGACUCGUACAAGAAUUGUAAUUUUAUUUUAUUUUGCAUGAUUUAGUUAUAUAUAAAUCACUAA